GCGCGCGAUACGCGUGGAUACGCAUUGUUUAUCAACGUGUUCGCUAGUGUUCGGACAGAGAUAAAUGUAGAAAGAGUGAAUGACAGCGAGAGUGUAUACGAAUGGUGCGCUCCGUCUUGCACUCGAAAAAUCGUGAUCGUGUUCUUUGUCUAUGGGCAUGUAACAUCAUCAAAGGUGAACUUGAAACAUUUUUAAUUAGAAGAAACUAGGAUAUAAAGCUUUAUCCUUGAUGGAAAGCAUUUAAUGUACUGACAUAUCUGACAAAAAUGUCAUCAAGAAAAACUUAAAAGUUCCAAUUGAAAAGAACAUACAUUCAUAUUUCCAGAAAUAGGCAUUUAAAUCAGUUUUAAAUAAUGAGGAAUAUUUAUCAUCAGGUAUUGAUCAAGCAUAAACUUUACAAUCACCAGUAUUUCCAAUAUACAAGAAAUAUACGUGAUGCUGUUGCUUCUAAACUGCUUGCAGCUAUACAACAAGCUGCAGUACGAUGCUGAGAAUUGUUCUGAAUAUACUGAUGCCUAUAUAAUGUUAGAAGAAUUCUACAUAUUUGCCGCAGAACUGGCACAUCUGUGCGAGCAAGGAACAGCAGUUGUUCCUAUGAACGCUUCUUGUUCAUUACACGGUGAUGGAAAAGAUACUAAACACAAAAUUGGUUCAAAGAGGAUGGCGUAUGAGGUAUUUUUGGGCGGGUCUUGUAAUCCAACUACCUGGAGGUCAGAUAUAGCGAUACCGACUCUUCAGAAUCUUGGCAUUACUUAUUAUAAUCCUCAAGUGUCACAGUGGGGGCCGGAAUUAAUAGCCCAAGAAUAUGAGGCAAAACAGACGGCACGAGUCUUACUGUUUGUCAUUGACAAUCAGACGCGCAAUAGCGCAGGCAUCAUUGAAGCAGCUCAACUGGCAGCUAUCCGUAGCGAGUCCUUGGUUCUUGUCAUUUAUCCGUAUCGUCAAGGACAAGCUAUACUUGGAGAGACUGUUUCCACACAGGAAUAUUAUGACUUGAUGAACGGAUUGUUAGUGCUUCAAUACCUAAUGGAAAGGCAAAGGGUACCAAUAUUCGAGAGUGUAUCAGUUGCCCUUCAUUGUACGUCUAAGAUGUUACGUGAAGAGAUCAAUGUGCAAGAUUGCGUGAACACCGAGGAUGGCAUCAAACCUAUAAGAAUCUCGCUUACUCAAAAUGGAACGGAUGUAGUAAAAUUGCGGGAAAUUUUCAAAUCUAUGGACGUUAAUGAUAGUGGCACAAUAAAAUUGGGGGAAGCUUGGGUGAUGUUACAGUCAAGCACAAUGUGUAACAAUUUGUCUCUCUUGGAUCUGCUCAACACAGUAAAUAAGAAAUCUGAAAUCUAUAGGACAUUAAUAGAUGGAUUUCCGGCAAAAGGUGACCCAACCGAAUUGCGAAUAAAUUUCGAACAGUUUUGCGUUUUAGCCAGUGAAUCAUCGUGGAUGCGGACGAAGAGUAAUGGCAUCUCUUGCGAAAGUGAGAUACCUUCAGUAUGGAAUAUAUUAUGUAGGAAGACCUCAAAUUUCUUGCGCCGAGUUUUCGUACAUCCUUUUAAUCGUUUCCUAGAUUGGACUAAUUCCUUUGUACAAGAGUUCGAGAAGAGAGACAUUUAUGUUGGUGUAGUCAGUAAAGAUCUGUUUUGGUUAGAAUCUUCUGCAAUACCAUUGAUAGAAUCAAUGAGAUUGUCUCUAUAUCGACCAAGCUUGAAUGAAUACAACGUGAGAAUAUUGCCGCAAGAAUUGCAGAAGAUAAAGAACUCACGACUGAUACUAUUGAUAGUGCCGCAGCAUUCGCGCGGUAUCGCCAUUAUGGCACUGGCAGCUCAUUUGAUUGGACUGCACGCUAAACUCGUCCUCUGUGUUCAAAUUCUUCCUGAGGGUUCUAUUAUAUCUGAUGAACAAUUGACUGAACAAGCCCGAAAAGAUUACAACCGGGGGAGGAUGUACCUGUCGGACUUCGCAACGCGUGAAGGUGUACCUGUUUUUCAGAAUAUCGCUGAUGCUUUACAACAUGCGAUACAAUUAGUUCAAAAUCCUUGUUGACCUAAGUGCUCUUUACUGUUUUUCUUUUUUCUAUUUUUUUCACACAGAUAAGCUCAUUAGUUUGAGAAUUAAUUUAUUUUUAUUCUUAACCAUGUCCAGCUACCAUUUGAGAUCAAUAUCAUAG